AUGUUGUGCAUGGUGCUUCUGGUACUGUUGUGUUUGGGUAAGUUGGAGGCUUUAUUUUGACAAUUUUAAACUUUUUGUUUUCGGUCUAAAAGUUUAUGGAAAAACUUUUUAAAGAUUUUUUGGGUAAAAAUUCAGUUUUUUGACUAAAAUUACGAAAAAAUCAAAAUUCGUUUUAAUUCUAUAAACUUUUUGACCAAUGCUUUACUAAAUACAAUUAUUUCAGUUCCGACAGCAAGCUCGUAUUUUGGGUGUUUCCAUUGUGAACAAAUGACGGACACAAAGUUGGAUUGCAUCGUUCCUUCCACACAAUGGACCACCGUGAAUGAUUGUGCGCCUGAUUCUUGUUACACAGUAUGGGGCCAUUUACAAAUACAUGGCAUAAGUAAGGUUUUAUUGGUGAAAUAGAGUUGACUGAAAGCAGGGCAGGUGAGAAAUGAGCCGGUCGUACUUUUCGCAAAUAUUUUCAAGCUCAUUGAUUCUAAAUGUUUAUCAGGGCCGAGAUGGUAAGGUAGGGUAUUACAAGUAAUAUUCAUUUUUAAGUGGUCCCAGCAACACAGCGCCACUGCAAUUACAACGGCGUGUUUCCGGUAGGUUUUAAAUAUAUUGAAGAGUGUGUUUAUUUCUUUGUAUAAUAAAAAAAAGUUUUUUUUCCUCCAAAUUUUAUAAAAUUUUUUUAACUUUUCAGGCAAAUCAAACGUGCGUAGACGUGAUAAAUCAUCCGUUUCUUUCCGUUUUGAAAAUGAACGGCACGUUGUGCAAAUGCAAGGGAGAAAACUGCAACAAUCAGAAAGAGGCACCUUUGACAACUACAACAACUACCAUCACCACUACCACUACGACCACUACUACCACUAAGGCUACAACUGCCGAGUUCGAAUCGACUACUGACCCCGACGCUCCAGUGGCAUCAACUAAUGACUGGUCGCUCUCUUUUCUCACUCUACUGAUCGUUUACUGUACUUUCUAUGUGCUUUAG